AUGGCUGAUUCUCCCGCUUCCGCGACUAGCGCGCUGCCCGGCGAGUCGCCCGCCCAGACCAAGGCCAGACUGCGCAGAGAGCGGCUGGCUGCCAAAUCCGGCGCCUCACGUCUCCAGCAGAUUACUGCUCUCCAGGGCGGCCCACCAAAGCCGCUCAGCGAACUCGAGAAAGACGUGCCAGUCAAACCCGCCUCUACCCCGUCCCAGUUUACACCCUCUGGGUCUGGCACGGCUACUCCAGAUCCAGAUGAAGUGGAUAUUUCGCAACACCACUACGCGCCGGCAUCGCAGCCUCGUCUCCCCUCGCCAUUCGCUUUCGAGGGUGGCCAGUCCGGCCCAUUCGGCCCAGGCCCAGGCACGGAUGCAUCGCAGGAUCCCAUGAUGGCCAUGCUCCAGCAGAUGAUGGGCGCAGGCGCUGGCGGUAUGCCUGGCAUGCCCGGUGCCCCAGGUCAAGCUGGCGCACCACCAGGCGGCAUGCCACCCGAUCUCGCCAGUAUGUUCUCGGCCAUGCAGGGCGGUGCCGGUGCCUCUGAGCCGCUGCCAGAGCAAUCCUCGGCGUGGAUCUGGCGCUUAGUACACUCUGUCUUCUCGUUUGGCCUCGCCGUCUACAUUGUCCUGCAAACACCAUUUACUGGAUCCAAGAUGUCACGCGAUAAUGUGCUGGACGAUGACUGGGUCAGCCAAUCGACCCCAGCGCAGAACUUUGCGCACUUCUUCUAUCUCUUCGCGACUUUCGAGGUGGUCUUGCAGUCCUCGCGCUAUUUCAUCGAAAAGGGCCAAUUACAGGGAAGCGGCAUUCUCAGCACGGUCGCUGGUAUCCUACCAGCACCGUAUUCGGGCUAUGUGAGGACUGUGGGCAGGUACAGCGUCAUCUACAAAACAGUUGUGAGCGACGCUAUGGUGAUAGUAUUCGUCUUAGGCGCCACGAGCUGGUGGAGAGGUGCCGCUGCUGCAUGA